AUGGCUCCGUCUGGAAGGAGAGCCGAACCUCGUGGAACUCCUACCGAGGAACUGCUAGCGCAGAAUUUGCAGCAAUUGACCCAAUUGACUCAAACUUUGGGAAAUGCGCUUCUCAAUAAUCAACGGGGAGGGCCAGAUGUGGCUAAGAUCAUAGCUGGGCAUCGUCCGCCAUUCUUCACUGGUAAGGAAGAUCCACUAGUGUUAGAAGAUUGGAUAAGGACUUUCGACAAAAUGUUUGAGGCUGUAGAAUGUCCUGAAGAAAGGAGGGUGGAGAUAGCUACAUUCUAUUUCCAGCAAGAAGCUGACAACUGGUGGAGGACGACAUCUGUUCAGGACUACUAUGCUAAGUAUCUUGAGCUGGCACGAUUUGCCCCUGCCUUAGCCCCGGAUGAGCCAAGCAAGGCUAGGAAGUUUGUAAAUGGAUUAAAUUUUGAGACUCAAAAAGCCGUUUGUGUGUUUGAGUGUCAGACUCUUGGAGAGGCUUAUAACCGGGCUGCCAAACAUUAUCGAGUCCAGCAGAUGCAGAAGGAGGUUCGUGAGAAGGGUAAGAGGAAAUUUGAAGGUAGUAGCAGAGGGGGAGAGAAGAACUCUAAGAUGAGUCAAGGAGAGGUUAUUCGAGAUUACCAAAGAAGUGGGAUUCCCAGACCUAGGAGGGAUUUCCCAACUCAAAGUACGGGGAUGACUAGUAGAGGAUGGAUGAAGGAGAGGCAUUUCUACUGUAAAAGAUGUGGGAAGGAUCAUCCCGGUGUCGAUUGUAUAGGGAUGCCGGUAGAGUGCUUCAAUUGUGGGAAGAAGGGCCAUCGCUCAUUUGAAUGUCAAACUAGCAGGAGGGAAGGGUCAUUCCGUCCUAGCCAGAGUCAAGAAAAGACCCAACAAUCUGGAAUACAAGUGAAGGCUAGGAAUGGAGUGAACAUGGCAAAUAGUAACACUGAGAGCACAAGCAAGGCACCAACUAGCAGGAGUGGACCCCAGCAAGGGAGGAUCUUUGUGAUGAGUAAAGCUCAGGCGGAUGUGAGCGAUGUGGUAGCAGGUACUUUUCUGCUUCGUGAUAUACCUGCUUAUGUAUUAUUUGACUUUGGAGCAUCUCAUUCUUUUAUAUCCUCAAGGUUUGUAGAGAAAUUAAAGUUAGUACCUAGUUCCCAAGUACAAUUUAAAGUGAACCUUGCAUCGGGGAAGGUGGUGACCUGUAGUAAUAUCUUUGAGAACAUACCUAUAAGCAUAGAAGGGGAAAGUUUCCCUUGUACCUUAAUACAGUUUGGAUUAGACGACUUUGAUAUAAUAUUAGGGAUGGAUUGGUUAGGAAAGUAUAGGGCUCAGAUCUGUUGUAGCAAACAAAAAUUGGUACUGAGGAGCCCAAAAGGAAAACGUGUGUCCUAUAAGGGAGCUGCAAGUCAGCCCGAUGUGAGAUUAGUAUCGAUGGCCAAGAUGAGGAAGUAUGUGGGAAAAAGGUGUGAAGUGUUCUUAUGCAUGGUGGAAGAUUUGAAUGUGGAUAAGAAGGGAAUUGAGCAAAUCCCUGUCGUAAGGGAGUUUCCUGACCUAUUCCCUGAUGAGAUUCCAGGCUUCCCUCCAGAACGGGAAGUAGAGUUCACCAUUGAUCUGGUACCGGGCACUACUCCUAUUUCAAAGACCCCGUACCGAAUGGCCCCAAUAGAAUUACAAGAGUUGAAGGAGCAGCUUCAAGACUUGCUAGAUAAGGGAUACAUUCGCCCGAGUGUAUCGCCAUGGGGAGCUCCAGUAUUGUUCGUGAAAAAGAAGGAUGGGGGGUUGCGACUCUGCGUUGACUACCGAGAGUUGAACCGGGUGACUGUUAAGAAUAAGUACCCACUCCCUCGGAUUGAUGAUCUGUUCGAUCAAUUAAAGGAGGCUGGUACUUUCUCAAAGAUAGAUUUAAGGUCGGGAUAUCAUCAAGUGAGAGUGGCUGAGAAAGAUAUAUCUAAGACAGCCUUUCGGACAAGGUACGGCCACUAUGAGUUUACGGUGAUGCCAUUUGGGUUAACAAACGCACCAGCAGUAUUCAUGGAUCUCAUGAAUAGGGUGUUUAGACCUUACUUGGAUGAGUUUGUCAUUGUAUUCAUCGAUGACAUUUUAGUCUACUCCCGGAAUCCGAAAGAACAUGAGGAUCAUCUUCGGAUCGUGUUGCAAACACUAAGGGAAAAUCAAUUAUAUGCCAAGUUGUCUAAGUGUGAUUUCUGGAAGGAUAGUGUGGCAUUUCUAGGCCAUAUCGUGACUAAGGAAGGAAUCUCGGUAGAUCCAGCUAAAAUUCAAGCUGUGAUGAAUUGGCCUACUCCUACGACAGUUACUGAGGUCCGAAGUUUUCUGGGAUUAGCAGGGUAUUAUCGAAGGUUUGUGCCAAAUUUUUCUCGAAUAGCCCAACCUAUCACAAAUCUCAUGAGGAAGACUACUGUAUUCCGUUGGGAAGAAAGUUGUGAGAAGGCUUUCCAGAAGUUAAAGGAAAAGUUAACCACUGCUCCUGUAUUGACUUUACCAUCAGGAACUGAGGGAUUUGAAAUAUAUAGUGAUGCAUCAAAGAAAGGUCUUGGGUGUGUACUAAUGCAAAAUGGGAGAGUGGUGGCAUACGCAUCAAGACAACUAAAGAAACAUGAGGUGAAUUAUCCCACCCAUGACUUGGAAUUAGCGGCAGUUGUGUUUGCUUUAAAGAUUUGGAGGCAUUAUCUUUAUGGAGUGCAGUGUAAGAUCUUCACGGACCAUAAGAGCUUAAAGUAUAUCUUUACUCAAAAAGAAUUAAACAUGAGGCAGAGGAGGUGGUUGGAAUUCAUUAAGGACUAUGACUUGGUAAUCCAGUAUCAUGAAGGAAAGGCAAAUGUAGUAGCAGAUGCUUUGAGUAGGAAGACGAGUCAUACUCUUAAUACUAUUUGGGUACUACCAAAUGACUUAUGCAAGGAAUUUCAAAGACUAAAUUUGGAGGUAAGAGAGCAAGGUGGGACCAAAGCUGAAAUUGAGUUAUACCACAUGAGAAUUAUUCCCAACAUGUUUGAAGAAAUAAAGAAAGAACAACUUAAGGAUCAAGAGUUGAACAAAGUAAAGACUGAAUUGGUUGAUGGAAAGAAAGGACCAUUUGUACUAUACAAUGACGGAAGCCUACGCUAUAAUGGACUUCCGAAGUCCAACAAUAAAGAGGUUAUAAUGGUAGUAAUGGACAAACUCACCAAGUAUGCUCACUUCAUCAGCCUGGCACAUCCAUAUUCUGCUGAGAGUGUGGUUAAUCUAUACAUGGAAAAUGUAUACAAACUCCAUGGGAUGGCUCAGGGGAUAGUGACAGACAGAGACAAGAUGUCACCCUUUCAAGCUCUGUAUGGUUACCCACCACCCCAGUUGGCUGUCAACAAUGCAUCAAGGGCUGAGGAUGAGAAUGCAGAAAGUUGGGUCCAAGAAAGGAUGCAGGUUCUAACAACUCUCAAGGAAAACUUAAGAAAGGCACAACAAAGGAUGAAACAUAAUGCAUAUAAGAACAGGACUGAAAGAUCAUUUGCAGUAGGGGAUCUGGUAUACCUAAAGCUGCAGCCCUACAGGCAAGUCACUAUGGCAGUCAAGAGGAAUUUAAAGCUGAGCUCUAAGUUUUAUGGGCCUUAUGUGGGUAAGGUUAGCAGUGGGAAGCAAGCACAGAUGGAACGUCCUAAGAUUGGGCCUGAUGGUCAGAUGUUAACAGAACCAGUGGCCAUUCUAGGAAGGAGAAUUCUAAAGAAGAAUAAUGCACCUUGGGUAGAGGUUCUGGUGCAAUGGGCCAAUUUAUCACCAGAUGAGGCUACAUGGGAAGAAUACCACCAUCUCAUGUCCCAAUUUCCUAAUUUCAAACCUUGA